AAUCUCUCUAAAUUUUAACAAAGGGGGCUGAGCCCCCCUGAGUUCCCCUCUACGGCAACACUGGUCGCAAGAAAAGUCAGGCAAUCUUAAGCUGAAUUGCAACACAACAGCUGUUUCAUGGCCAAUCCUGCUUGGGGCCGUGUAACCAAUCUAACUGCAAUUGUGAUUUGUGAUGAAGUAGGUGAUUUGCAACGUAAACCAGAUUAUCACUGCAAAGUUGUGUUACCUCCCCACUUUUUUUCACUGGGCUUUGAUUGCCGCCCUGUAGAAGACUCAGUUUGUUUUUUGUUAUUUACUAUCCUUAUUCGAAUAAUGUGGCUCGAUUUUCCCACAUCACACAUGUUGGCUCAGUUAGGCCCAUUCAUAUCGGAUAUCGACUCGGCUUUGUUUUAUUUGUUUACUUCUCCGCCGUCCUAUCAUUUUUUUUGUUUAAGUUAUUUUGGACGGUUGUCAAAUCACGGGAUUGUAGCUAAGCAGGUCUAUCUUUUAGUGAAAACAGCAAGAAUUAUACGUUGCUUUUAUCUAUGAACAUAACGUCUGUCACGCGCCGUUAUUCCCCAGGCCAUUCUAAAAAUUAUCGACAGACUUGUUACAGUUUCUACAACCGAACUGAAAAAAAUUGCAACAAAGCUGCAACAAAAUCUUUGCAAAUCAAAUCGUCACAGAAUGUGUUUACCACAUUUGAAACGCUACAAUGACAGGAAACCAAAAUUAAUGCCCUUGUUUGAGUAUUUUAAAAAGCUUGUAAUUAUGCAGAAAAGACACCCAGUUGGGCGGAGAAGCUGUCAAAAUCGUCUGAGGAAAAUAUAGACAACAAAAGGCCGAAUGUGAAGAACACAGACAACAAUGGGCCUAUUGUCUAGAAACAUGUUCCUAUCUGCCAAUCAAAGUUGAUUUUGCUUGUUGCUCUUAUCGCUGAUUGGUUGAAUAGGCAUGUAACGUCAUGUCGAAAAAUGUUCACGAUCAAUAACUUGACAGUCUAGGGAGAUGUGCAGAUUCGCGAGGAAAUGUCGGUGAUUUUAGGCAAUCUAUUUACAAGAUCCAAACUUUAGAAGGGCAAAACAUUGCAAAAGGACUUCUGUUGUUUCCUUCUUCGCAUUUAAAUCACAAUCUGUGCGUGAGGUUUUAAAUAAACUGCUAGAAUUGUUGCUGGCAAACUGGGAAGUCGCUGGGAACAUUGAUCACGCAAGAAAGCAAAACAAGAUUGAGCUACCGGGCGUUUGUCAUAAGCACCGAAUGGUCUAGCAUCGCCCGACAAUUGGUGCAGAAUGAUUCCUCAGAGGGCAGAUAUUUUGCCAAGGUCUGUCGCUGUUAGUGAAGGUACACCACUUGGCAAAGGCAUCUUGCUCCCAUUGGAUCAGACAGGCAACCACUUGCUAGGCAUCAAAGAACUGGCAAAGCCACUAAACGCCGUUUCAGGAGAAAUUCGUGACCAAUGGACAUAUAUGGCGCACCUGACAACAGCAGCUAGAUAUCCUUACGAAACAUUCCUGUCUCCAUUUGGACGCGGUGGUAUCAUAGGGGGUCGAGACGGAUAUGGCACGCUAGAUUUAGCCUUGCUUUCUGGCGCGAGACGAAAAAAUGCGACAAGGGAGACGACCAGCCCUUUGAAAGCUUGGCUGCACGAGCACCGCAAGAACCCAUACCCAACUAAAGGAGAAAAAAUAAUGCUAGCGAUCCUCACUAAAAUGACAGUCACACAGAUUUCAACAUGGUUUGCAAAUGCACGGCGAAGACUGAAGAAAGACAACAAAAUGACAUGGUCACCGCGAAAUAAAUCCACAGACAAGAGGGACUCUGUAUCAAGAAGCUCAAAAUUUGAGACAGAAGAGUCAAGGAAAGGUUCUGGUAGUUCUACUGAUGAUGAAGAUUUCAUUCACUGCAUGGAUACAGACGAAAAUGAGCAACAUAGCCCCGAAUUUUCCAAAGCUGGCGAUGUUAGGAUGGAAGAUGAUGUGUUUUCUGAAGACGAAAGACCAAUUUGCAUCAGCGACAAAACAGAAGCGAAACGCGAGGCUGCUUGCGAGCAAGACGCAGAGCCCAAAGUGAAAACUAAUUCAGAGAUGUCAACUAAGCAGAGCCAGGAAGGUCUGUUGAAAAAGAUCGAUUUCGGGGGCAACAAUUCGCCUGUUGGGAAUUUACAGCGAUGGGUUGAUGGUCACUUUGGGAACCAGUCUCCUGUCGAUUUUCCAAGAGAGCUCACUCCACCGCGUACCCCAGUGGAAGAAGUCAUCUCUCACGGGCUGUAUAAUGUUAAAGAAACCCUGAAAAGUAAAGAAAAAGUAAAAAACAACCAAGAUGCGGACAGUGGUAGAAAACUACGCGAAAUCGUAUUGAAGGACAAGCAGUGCUCAGAGGGUCUACCAGAACAUCGAAGAAAUAGAGAUGAUUGCUCAGAUUUUAUCAAUAAAGCACCCCCGUCAUCGGAGGAUGUGUUUCGCUCUGUGGCAGCAACUGAAAGCGGCUUGCCGAGCCAAUUUAAAUCAUGUGGCCUAACAAGCCAUAGAGAAAUAGAUGCUGUGCUGGCCUUAACAUCAUUAGCUUCCAGAUGAUGAUGAUGAUGAUGUAGAAAGAAAAUCGAGACUGCACUUGAAAAUACUACAAAGAAGUAUUCAAGUAUUCAAUUACUCCCAGUAUUAGACAUUAUAUUGUUUUCUGAAUAAGGCUAUAGCGUCUUAGAUUGUUUAAUCAAAAGCAUGUAUAUCUUGCGUUGUGGUAGCUAUUUUAAACUCACCAAUAGCUCGAGGUAGGCCUUGCCCCACAUUUCAUUGUUUCUAUACUAUUAAGUUCAGCUUCUUUUUCUAUAGUUAGUUAUAUUGCCUUGACAACCCAAGCCUAGCGUUUAUUCUUUAUAUUCCUCGGCCCUUAUUCCAAGUUUUCUACUUAGUCCUCUUGUCACAUUACAUUACGAAGCUUUCUUCACCACUUUCUACUUCAAUUGCAUAAACUUUGUUUUCUCUCCUUCAUCCUCGAUAGUUCUUGCCUCGAUACUAAUGCUUGUUCUUGCCUCACGCUUUUGUUCUUGCUUCAUCGCUUCUUUUUGCUGCUAGGAUUUUACAUUUUUGUCCAUAUUUCACAAACGUAAAACAUUUGAUUUUCUUUGUGCUUGAUGCAUUUAGCUAUAUAGAAACUUGUUGAUUCAAGUAGAAAUUACCUUUUGUAGAUUUUUUAGAUGUAGAUAGAAUUAUAGUGUUAGCUCAAAGCGUCUAGAUUUCCUAAUUUUUAUUUUUUCAUUUAAUAAGGUAAAUGUAUGUAGAAGAUUGGGGGGAAUUUAACCAUGAAGUUAAUUUACUGUUGUUUUGUUAUGUGAUUUUGUCGUUUUGUUGUGUAACGAGAGCGAACCGAAGGGGAUCCUCUUUCCGUUUUCGUGACUGAGAUCUCAUGGCUCUCUCUUGGCAAAUUAAGUUCUUUAAGAAUUAGAAGCAAGAAGCUUUUGGUUGUGCUUAUAAGAAUUGCAACUAAGAAGUAAACAAAGCAUUUUACGAUUUAUAUGCUUUAUCAACUUUUUAUGUUAUUUACUUCAUGUAUGAUAUUGUGUUAAAUUUUUACUUUCCUCUGUAUACCCAUUUUCAAAUCAAAGUAAGUUUCGAUCCAUCACCCCACCCAUACUUUCAUACGAUAUCUCAAAAACCUGCUAAUUUACCUCUCUAUAGAACCUUUCCGUCAAAAGCAGGCUGUGUUGCCAGCUGCACAGAACUGCCCUCACCUAAGAGAUUGGCCUAAUCGCGAGAGUCCCCUUUUCUGCACCGCCAAGAGGUAUUAGUACUCCCAUCCAGCUUUAUUCUAUUACAAUGCACCAGAAAUCCGAAAUAGCCAAUGUUCGCCCUCUUCCUUAUCAUAUCUGCAACCAACCUCUAUUGUAAAUGAUCUAAGGCAAAUUCAGUGAAUAUUUCGCUCUUUACUGUAUUUCUUUAGUAGUUUGUUGUUAUUCUUUGUUAGUAAUUUUUAACGUAUUUUGACGUAGAGAAUCACUCUGAAUUCCCCUUGCACCUUAAUCAGGCCUCGAUAUUAUCAUUCCCUCUCGAUCCAUACCCCUAAAAUGUAUCCCUUCUGUGUCUUCUUAAGUCCCAGAAAGGAUAUUUAGGCAAUCAGUCACUCAAUACUUCCCUUGUACCAAUAUAUGGCGCAUAGUCAACCCUUUACUUUGGUCAUGUUCUGCUGCUCCAUUUAACUUCCAAUUCUUGUUCUCCGAUCCAGGUUCUUUGAUUGUAUAAGACAUUUCCCGCUAGAGUAAGAUACGGAAAGAUUGUAAAAAUUGUCCUCUUUCCCUCUUGAUAUAUAGAAAAUAGACCAGAACCUAGAAAAAGCUACACAAAAUUUCUUCAGGACCGCAAACAGCCAUUCGAUUUACACUGGCUGAUUUAAAGACGAAACAUGUUGUUGUGGAUUUUGUUGUCACGUUUUUAAGUCAUGAUCUCAUCGAUGCUAUAUUGCAGUUCUAGGAACCGAAUACUUAGGCAGCAUGUUCGUUAUUUCGAAAGGAACGGCCAAUUAGAGCUCUAAAGUCUUCAUCAUGUUUGAGCUGAUGUAACUUUUUAUGGCUAGUGUAACUUUACGAAGGUACUCACUCUGGUUGGGUAUUUUGAAAGUUUGACAUUUAUUUAAUAGUUCAUCAUAGAUGAUGUACAGUAGACUAUGUUCGAAGUUUGAAUUCUUUUGAUAUUGUGUAUAUAUUAUAGAACAUUUAAUUUAUAUGAGUAAAAGAGCGCAAAUUCAAAUAGAA